GUGCCGUGGCCGUGGAGAAUGCGUUCACCGUUCACCGUUUACGCCCCUCGCCCAAACUCACCGUCGCUGCCACUUACAGCUUGCUCAACUUCGCCAAUCUAGCGUGAAAUAACCGAGAAAGGAGAGAAAGGAGAGACCGCCUAUCACCAUGACGCUAAGCUUGAUGGCGAACAACUCACACAGACAACAUCGUCGACAUGGGGGCACGAUGAGGAGGCCAGAAUCGACGACAAACUUGUAUAUAACUCGAGCUCAUCUUCCUCCAUCAACCGGUUUCUUUUCCUCAUCACACACUCACUCACAACACUCACUCACCAAUACAACUAAUACUUAAUAAUCACAGUCAUUCUUUAACAAACAUCCAACUACUUUCACAUUCUUUAGAUUUUCUACAACCUUUUUAAUCAACAACCACCAACAACCGCAAAUAUGAAGUUCUUCAGCGCUGCCCUCUCUGCCGCCACCAUUGGCUCCGCCCUUGCCUCUCCCAUCCUCGGCUCUGCCUGCGGUGGUGCCCCCGCUGCCCCCUCCGGCAUCAACCCCAUUGCCGGCCACGCCGCUGCCCCGUCCGGCAUCAGCGGCCUUCCCGCUGCCCCCUCUGGCCUCAACGGCGGCGCCGCCUCCCCCAUCGACGGCGAUGACCUGGUUCCCUCCCCCAUCCAGACCUUGACCUCCGCCACCACCCUCUACCAGACCUGGGCCACCACCAUCUCCGACUCCAAGACCCAGUACUACAACGUCCCCGGCGUUGCCGCCCCCACCGGUCUUCCCGCCGCCCCCGCCGCCCCUGGUGUCCCUGCCAGCAACAUCGGCUCCGGCGCCAGCAACGGCGCGGGCGUCGUCGUCAUCGUCAAGGAGGUCACCACCAUCGUCCUCAACAUCGAGGUCCUCGUCAAGGCCGACAUUGCCCGCAUCACCGAGCUUGUCGACUGCAAGACCGGCAUCGACGCCGAGGUCCUCCUCCAGGCCCUCGUCAGCCUGAACGGCCACCUCCACACCGUCUACACCGGUGUCAUCCCCCAGAUCACCGCCCUCAUCCGCCCCGAGGUCGGCCUCGUCGCCGCCGAGCUCCAGAUCGUCCUCGACCUCGUUGCCGACAUCGAGAUCCUCCUCCACCAGGUCGAGGGCUGCCUCAAGCACCUCGUCGCCACCGCCACCCACGACGUCCUCAAGGUCGUCGGUGCUGAGCUCAACAUCAUCGCCGCCCUCAUCCUCCCCAUUGCCACUCCCAUUGUCAACUUUGCCCUCCGCGCUGUUGUCGGCCUUAACCUCCAGGCUCCUACCCUCGUUGCCCAGAUCCAGGCCCACGCCCAGUCCAUCAACCAGUGCGCUGGUGGCCUUCACAUCUUCCUUGGCGCUGCCCUCAAGGUUGUUCUCUAAAUUCUUUAACCAGCCCGGUUU